GGACUCUGUGAUGUGAACACAAUCAUUUUUUUUUAACGAAAGGGAGCUCGAUGACUCCACCCUCGGGCUCCUCGACACGCCACCGUCGUUGCCAACUGCUGGGAGAGUGUUUCAUGCGUUCGCGCUCUCCCCCCUUCUCGCUUUGACUUUUCUACCGUCAUGUCAAAGAUGAAGGAAGCCAUGACUCCAAGUCCGAGAAACGAAGAAGCGUCUACUAGAGAGGAGGAAGAGGCGGAGGUGGAGAGAAGAAGGCAGGAGCAUGGGGAACUGCUUCGCGUCUUCUUCUUCAACUCCGGCAGAUAUCUCGCCACCAAGUCCAGGCCCGUCGUCGUCGAAGACCGGCGGCGGCGGCAGCAGCUUGACGACGACCGGGAAGCUGUCGAGCCUCGGCAGCAGCACGACGACGCUCGGGAGGUCCGCCUGCAGCGGCGCGAGUGUGGAGGAGGCGGUGGCGUUGCCGUUGCCGGAGGAGGGGCGGAUCCUGGAGGUGCCCAACCUGCGGGUCUUCUCCUUCGCGGAGCUCCGGAACGCCACCAGGGGCUUCCGCCCGGAUAGCUUGCUCGGCGAGGGUGGGUUCGGGCGGGUGUACAAGGGGUGGGUGGAGGAGAAGACGCUGAAUCCGGCCAAGUCCGGCGCUGGCAUGGUGGUCGCCGUCAAGAAGCUCAACCCAGAGAGCCUCCAAGGCAUCGAAGAAUGGCAGUCAGAAAUCAACUUCUUGGGAAGGCUUUCGCAUCCAAAUCUCGUCAAGCUCUUGGGUUACUGCUGGGAGGACAGGGAGCUCCUCCUUGUGUAUGAGCACAUGCCAAAGGGCAGCCUGGAAAACCACCUCUUCAGAAGGGGUGUCAUUGAGCCCCUCAUUUGGAAGUUGAGGCUUAAGAUCGCGAUCGGGGCAGCGCGCGGCCUCGCUUUCCUACAUGGCUCGGAGAAACAGAUCAUCUACCGGGACUUCAAGGCCUCUAACAUCCUCCUUGACACAAACUACAACGCGAAACUCUCUGAUUUCGGCAUGGCAAAGAUCGGCCCGACGGGUGGGAAUUCGCACGUGACCACGCGAGUCAUGGGCACCUUUGGCUACGCUGCCCCCGAGUAUGUAGCCACAGGUCAUUUGUACGUGAAGAGCGAUGUGUAUGGAUUCGGAGUGGUAUUGCUCGAGAUGUUAACUGGCCAGAGGGCGCUUGACAUGAAUCGGCCUAUAAAGCAGCAAAAUUUGGUGGAGUGGAUGCGACCCAUGUUGGCCGAUCGAAGAAAGUUAGCCCGACUCAUGGACCAGCGCCUGGAGGGGCAAUACUCAUCCAGGGGGUCAUUCCAGGCUGCACAGCUCGUGCUCAAUUGCCUCGCCGGCGACCCCAAGAGUCGACCGUCCAUGGAGGAGGUGGUGCUGGAGCUCGAGCACAUCAAGGGCAUAAACGCGAGAUCGAGAGAAGGGGUAAUCGGCAAUGAUACUCCUGAACAUACGACGACAACGGUGGGUCAUCGUCGUGCUGGUGGGCAAGUUCCGGCACAGAGUCGAUCGCCGGUGCAACCUUACCAUGUCAGAGCAAGAUGAGAAUUUACAUUCAUAUUUCAUAUAUAUCCGUGUGUAUAGUGAUUUAAAUCUACAAAAAUUUGGUUAAGGUAUUAAUGACUCAAAUUCAUUGUUUGUCAUUGAUAAUUAAAUGUUAAUGAAUAGAUUUAACAAA